AUGGAGGUGAUGGCUUUGGCUGCAGGAUCAUGGGUCUGCACACCCAUUGUCAAGGUCACAGUCAAUGAGCAUCUGCUCCGGCCGCUCAAGCUGGAGAUGGACUCAAACCUUCAGUUUGUGAAGCACCAGGAAAAGGAGCAGAUCAAGACCCUCAAUAACAAAUUUGCAUUUUUCAUUGGCAAAGUCCAGUUCCUGGAGCACGAGAACAACGUGCCGGAGACUACAUGGGGAUUUCUACAGGAACAAAAGUGUUACAGGAGCAAUAUCGAGCCAAUGUUUGAAACUUAUAUUGGCAACUUGAAGAGGCAGCUGCACGUUCUGGGAAGCGACAGAGCCAAGCUGGAAACAGAACUGAGCACCAUGCAGGGUAUCACGGAAGAUUACAAGAAAAGGAAGUGUGGAGAGGAAACUCACUGGCAAACAUGCGCAGAGAAUGAGUUUGUUAUGCUCAAAAAGGACGCAAAUUGCGCCUAUGUGAACAAAGCUGAGCUGAAAGCCAAGGUGGGGUCCCUCAUCCAAGAGAUCAACUGCCUGAGGAGCCUGUAUGAAGUCGAAAUCACUCAGCUCCAAGCACCCAUUUCAGGCACCUCUGUUAUUGCAGACAACAGCUGAGGCCUGGACAUGGAUGACAUCAUCACUGAUGUCAAAGCUCCAUGUGACAACAUUGCCAAAAAAAGCUGGGCUGAUGCAGAAAAAUGGUACUACAGCAAGUAUGAGGAACUGAGAGAAACCACUGGCAAACACGAUGACAGCUUGCGUAAUACAAAGAAUGAAAUUGUGGCGCUGAAUCGGGUGAUUCAGAGACUAAAGGCAGUAAUGAAAAUCUCCUACCUGCACAGAUGCAAACCAGAAGGAGCCAUUGCUGAAGCCAAGGAGCACAGGGAAGUGGUUAUCAGAGAUGCAAAGUGCAAACUCUCCGAGCUGGGUAAGACAAAGCAGGACAUGGCCUGCGAGUACCAGGAGCUCAUGAACGUCAAGCUGGCCCUGGACGUCGAGAUCACAACUUACAGGAAGCUGCUGGAUGGAGAGGAAAGCAGUUAUGUGCCGAUCCCCAGGAAGAAUCACAUGCAGUACUGA